UGGAGCUGCUGUAUCUUUAAUAGAGAAGAGGCGCGCGGGAUGUGGGAGAGGCUGCGCGCUCCCGACGAUGCCUCUGCUGGCUGCUUGGCGACGGGAGCGCGCGUGCAGAAGAUCCGACACUUGCAGCAGAAAAGAGGGAGAGUGGGUGGGGGGGAAAUCACCCACGGACCGCAAACUGCUCACCGGGACCAAAACAUGUUGCCUCCAUCGCCCUCAUCACUGCAAAAGUCAUGUGAAUUGAUCCACUCGUGAGAUUGUUUUCCACUUCUUCUGAAGCUUUUUGGAUUGAAAAGUCAAGUGUGAUUGAUAGGAAGCGCGGGACGGAAGUUACCAUUGCACAGUGCAGAAAAUGGCGGCGAGACACGCGGCACUCGUGGCUUUGUGGCUGACGCUGCUGACGCUGCUGACGCUGCUGGCAAAAGUGCACUGCUGCCCAGAGCAGUGCAGCUGCCUGGACAAACAAACCCACCAAGUUGCCGACUGCGCUUCGAAAGACCUGCUUGCCGUGCCCGUGGGUCUGCCUUCCAGCGUCACCACGUUGGGCCUCACGGCCAACAAGAUCAAAUCUCUGAAAAGCAAGAGCUUCGUGGAAAUCACCCAGGUCACCUCUCUCUGGCUGGCCCACAACCAGAUCGUUUCCAUCGAGACCAACACGCUGGCCCCCUUGAGCCAACUGCGCAACCUGGACAUCAGCUACAACAAAAUAGUCAACUUCCCAUGGGAGGACUUGCAGAAUCUCACCGCCUUGCAGCUCCUCAAAAUGAACAACAACGAGAUGGUGAACCUCCCCAGGGAUGCCUUCUCCGCGCUCAACGAUCUGCGCUCUCUGCGCAUCAAUAACAACAAGUUCACCACCAUCGUCCAGGGCACCUUCAGAGCUCUGUCCUCAAUGUCCCACCUGCAGAUCUCCAACAAUCCCUUCUCCUGCUCCUGCAGCCUGGAGUGGCUGAAGGACUGGAUCGCCACGACUCAGAUCUCCAUCCCCGAGGCCAGUUCGAUUCUGUGCGAGUCCCCGGAUCACUUGAAGGGUGUCCUGGUUACAAAAAUCCCCAAACUUGACUGUCAGGUUCCCGUGGUCACCGUAACUUUCCAGCCCGAUAUUGGUAGCGCGGAGCUGCUUGAAGGCUCCACGGUGGUCUUGAACUGUGACAGUAAGGGAAGUCCAAGACCGCUGGUUAGCUGGGAGGUGAUUGCAGGGAAUCAGAAUUUCUUGUUCCCUUUGCCCUCCGCAGGCGAGGUCAACGACCUGCCGGUCAACGACAAGACCACCAACGAUCGUUUCCUGGUUUUUCAAAACGGUACUCUGGUCGUCCCUCGCCUGACUAAAAAGGAAGACGGGAAUUACACCUGCAUGGCGGUGAACGAUCUGGGCAAGGCCGAGAGCACGGUGAAACUGUCCCCGGCGGUCAGCAAGAAACACGCAGCGGUGGAUUCCACGGUGGACAAAAUCCGCCCAUCCUACAACAAGCCCACCCUGCCCAAGAACUCCAAGAACAACGUGAUCAACUGGUCCAAGGGCGAGGAUAGGACCAAGAUCAAGCCCGACGGUCCUUCAGACAAACAAGAUGACGCCCUCGAGGAGGGGGUUUCCAAAGACCCCGUGUUCGCCAGCAAGUGUGGCGUGCGAGACGGCAGCGAAUACGUCUCCAACCACGCCUUCAACAUGACCCUGGACGACCUCAAGCAGUACACCUUCGAUUUUGGCGUCAUCGCCCUGGAGGUGUCCGAGACGGAGGCGAAGGUCAAGCUGAACCCGCUGCAGCUCGCCCGAAGCAAAUCCAACCUUCACCUGAGUCAAAGCGACAACACCGAGACGGUGGUGAGGGAACCCGCCGGUCUUUACCAGUCCACUUUGGGGAAACCCGGCCCGGACAUGCUCUACAUCUGCGUGGACACCGGAAAUGGACACUCUGUCAUCAAGUGGUCCAACAUUGAAGAGGGGGUCAAUUCAUAUCACUUCACCGGAUUACACCCGGGCACCAACUACACUCUUUGUCUCACCUAUGGAGGACAAGACUGUCAAGUCCAAGUGGUCUUCACGACCAGAAAGAAGAUCCCCUCCCUCCUCAUUAUCGUGGUGGUGAGCAUCUUCCUCCUGGGCCUGGCCACGGUGCCUCUACUGGGGGCCACCUGCUGCCACCUUCUCUACAAAUACCAAGGGAAGACCUACAAGCUCAUUAUGAAGGCGCACAAUCCCGACCAGAUGGAGAAGCAAAUGACAGGGGACUUCGAUCGCAGGACGUCCUUCGUGGAAUCCGAGAAGACCUUCGACCCUAGCGAGAUGGGCGAGGGGGAGGAGGAAGCCCCCGAGGGAGAGGGUGAAGCCGAGGGCAGCGUGGCGACGGGAUCCAUCCCCGGGUCAUCAUCCAAGACCAACCAGGAGGAGUUCGAGGUUGGCUCGGAGUAUAGUGACAGACUACCGCUGGGUGCGGAGGCGGUCAACAUCUCCGAGGAGAUCAACGGAAACUACAAGCAGCCAAGCCGCUGAGAACCUGUAAGAUCCUCUUCUUUUUGAUUCCGCCAAAUCUUUUUUUUUGUCUUUACCUCAGAAAAAAAACAAAAAAAAAACUCACCCGUCACUGAGAUUGUAAGCGGUUGUUGUAAUGUUAAACAACGUGGCGCUAAUUCACUGCUGUUCUGCAAUUACUCUACCGGCGACCCCCAACCUUCUUGAGCCAUGGCACAUAUUUUACAUUCGAAAAAUCUCACGGCACAAACAUAAAAAAAAGUCACAAAAUGCAGAGCGUAUUUAUUUUAAUGAUGGAUUCGCAGAGAAGGGCAUUUCAUUGUUCUGCCUGUCACGCAGCAUUCUUACAUUCGAAAUAACUCUUGGACCAAUUAUGGAUAGUCUCUAAAUGUGAUUUGGAAUCACCAAGCACAAACACAUGCAAAAAAAAUCGACAAAAUAACGUGCAUUGGGAUCAAUCUUUUAAAGACAUUUUUCAUAAUCCGAUAAAAAAAAGAAAAAAAAGCGCCUCAGGUAAUAUUGCCGCACGGAUGCCAAACAUGUUGAAAAAAA